AUGGGACUCGAGCUUGGCCUGGACCACUUCUGCCUGUCCAACAUCGCGGCUCCAGCUCCGCUUCAGGGCUUCCUGUCUAGCCAUACGCGGCACUCUCGCGAGAGCCUGUUUCCUGGCGCCACUAACGGCUCCUCGAACUGCAGCUCGCUCGCCACUGACGUCAUCACCCCGAGUCUCUCCCCCGCCGCCAUCGCCAUCGUCGCCGUCGUCAUCGCCACGCUGUCGGCGGCGACGGUCGUCGGCAACCUGACGGUGAUCGUCGCCUUCGCGACCGACCGGAAACUGCUGAACGUUCAGAACGUCUACAUCUUGAACCUCGCCGUCUGCGAUCUUCUCAUCGGAGCCGUCGUGACGCCGUUCUCCGCAGCCGACGUUCUCUGCGACUUCCACUGGCCGCUGUCGAACACCGUGUGCAAGCUGUGGCUGCUGCUCGACUACGUGCUGACAACCGAAUCCGUCUACACGCUGGCGCUGAUCAGCUGGGACCGCUACCGCCUCGUCACGCUCGGAGCCGCCUACGUCACGCGGCAGACGGUCGCCGGAGCGCUGCGUCGGCUCGCCGUCACGUGGGCGAUCACGUGCGCGCUGUGGGCGCCGGCGGUGCUCGCGUGGGAGGCCGCCAGGGGGCGCUCCGUCAUCGAGGCCGACGAGUGCGAGGGGGAGUUUAUCGACGACGUCGCGUUCACAACCGUCACCAACUUCAUGGAGUGCUACGCGCCCGGAGCUCUCAUCGUCUAUUACAACGUGCGCCUCUACACGAACAUCGCCGGCCGCCAGAGGGCGAAGCAGCAGCGCCAGCAGAAACUGCAACAGCAGCUCGCCGCGGCGACGGCGGUGCCGCCUGGUGGCGCUCCGGUGCGUAGACUCGAAGCGUCACCUGUCGGGCGAUUCGGUAAAUUGCCGCGACGGUCGGCCGAGAAUCGUCUGCAGACGAUAACGUCAUCGUCGCCGACGAAAUCUUCGAGAUUUAGGCUGCUGUUUGCGCGAAAUAUCAAAGGUCGAAACAAGGUGAGAGUAGAUGCUGGCCAGUGUGCAGUGACGUCACCGAUGACAGCUGACCUGGACGCAGUGACGUCACCUAUAACACCCGACCAGGACGCAGAGGCGUCAUCUAUGACACCUGAUCUAGACGCAGUGAUGUCAUCUAAGACAGCUGACCACGACGCAGUGACGUCACCUAUGACACCCGACCAGGACGCAGAGGCGUCAUCUAUGACACCUGAUCUAGACGCAGUGAUGUCAUCUAAGACAGCUGACCACGACGCAGUGACGUCACCUAUGACACCCGACCAGGACGCAGAGGCGUCAUCUAUGACACCUGACCAGGACGCAGUGACGUCAUUUACAACAGCUGAUCAGCGCGCAGUGACGUCAUCUAUGACAGCUGACCAGGACGCAGUGACGUCAUUUACAACAGCUGAUCAGGACGCAGUGACGUUAGCUAUGACAGCUGACCAGGACGCAGUGACGUCAACUAUGACAAGUGACGAACAUGCAGUGACGUCAACUACGACAUCUCACCACCCCACAGUGAGGUCAUCUCUUGCAGCUGACCAGCACGCCGUGACGUCAUCUAAGACAGCUGACCAGCAGGCAGUGACGUCACUGAUGACGUGCGCAGCGACGACGCCCUGCGUGCCGGCCGUCGACCCCCAGCUGCGCAAGGACGAGUGCGCCGCCAGGGGGCUCUUCAUACUGAUCGCCAUCUUCGUCGUCAUGUGGACGCCGUAUACGACCUACCUGACGGUGGUGUCGCUUUGUCCGAGCUGCGCCAGCGUCAAGCUGUACAUGUUCACCUACUGGCUUCUUUACUACAACAGUCUUAUCAACCCGUUGGCGUACGCCGCAGCCAGUCCCAGGUUUCGCGCAAAUUUCAGGAGAAUCUGGUGCCGUUUCCGCCCACGUGCAAAGACGUGA